AUGUUACUCUGGUUAAGCCUUGCAGCUGCAGCCACAGAGGCUGCUACGCCCCCUGGUCGAGUACAUAGAUUUGGGUCGUUUCUCAGCUCGGCGCCUAUCACCCCCUCAGCAUCUCGACGCGUCACUGGUUUAUCUGAGGAUUUUCGAAGAAGGAAAAACCGACAAGCAGCAGAAGAGAAAUUAAAGAUUGUAUGUGAAACUCUGCAUGAAGCUGAAGAAAGAGUAAUAAGAUAUGAAGAAAGACAUGAUAAAAUUCUUAGCCAAAUUUGCUCAUAUUAUAUGGUAAAUGAGAACCUGGAGGAGGCAUUGGUGGGGGCUAAAAAUGCCAUGAAUGAUGCCUUGGAGUUUUCUGUUGGUCUCAGAAAUUUGCAAAUGGAAAUCCUUACAUCCUAUUCCUGA